CGGCGUCACGUAACCCAGCCUUCUUGGGUUCUACCCCCUCCUCCUUCUUCCUAGCUCUUUCCCUCUCCUCCUCCUCCUUCUCCUGCUCCCCUCCGCUGCCUGUUCUCCCCUCCCGCACUCCUGGAGAUAGACGCUCAAGCCUGACGCCUCUGAAAAGGCAGCGGCAGUCGCCUUAGACAUAGACCUCAGGAAAUUCUCUUUGACCGAUGCAUGCUUCAGGCUCUGGCUCAAGCUAAAGGAAAUAAUCGGGCAGAUUUCUUGGUCUUAUAAAAAAAGACAAAAUUAAGCCAAAACACAUCAACAACACAGAACCAAUUGAUAUGCUGGCAUCUUAGCAUGGUCAGAGGAGGAGGUCAGAGGAACUGUUGUGAUUGCCACAUUUAACAGCUGAUCUAUUUCACAGUGUCUGUGUUUGAACCCUACUGCGGAGGACAGAAAAAGGAGAGGCAAAAUCCAUCCUGUGUGUUCAUGCACAAGGGAUUCUUCUUUGGCUGCAGUGAUGCUGGAAGUCCACGCUAUGAGGAAAGAAGCAGGCUCUUAAAGGGGCCCUGAGGUUGACAAGUGGAGUCCAGGACAAAGGCAAGGGCACCAUUCUUCCCUCUAGCUUGAGACCCUACAGCUAGGGAAGAAACAAGUGAGACACCAGCAUCUGAGGAUCUUGGUUCACUGCUGACUGCCGGCACUUCCCUAAGAACAAGUGUUUGCUCCUUACCUGACCCUUCCUGUCUCCGACCACUGGAGGUACCAAGGAGAGGAUGGUAUUGGAGGAGUGAAGGAAGUCUCUGUGAGCACCACCCUGAACCGACUCCUUGGGCCCACAUGGAUCCAUGAUUCCUCUUGGCUUCUCGUAACCCCUCAUCCAGGACGUUGCCUCCAAGGUGUACCCCGCCUUGGGUCUGGAAGUUCCGUGGCUGCCCUGCCCCACUGGGGUCUCCAUUUUCCCGUUGGGGGGGGUGACUAUCGGGAGAGAGGACGGGGUUGUUGGAAGAAGAAGAAGAAAAAAAGAGCUAGCUAGAGGAGGGUGCCCCCCUCCGACUCCAGCCUCCCACUGCAGCCCACUUCCUCUGCGGCCCCUCCAGUCGGCAUCACGGUGUCCCGGACCGUUUUGACCCUGUCGGCCCCGGCACCCCCCCGCCGCACCCCAGCCCCGAGCAUGGGGACGGCGCUUCUGCAGCGCGGGGGCUGCUUGCUGCUGUGCCUCUCGCUGCUGCUCCUGGGCUGCUGGGCCGAGCUGGGCAGCGGGCUGGAGUUCCCGGGCGCCGAGGGCCAGUGGACGCGCUUCCCCAAGUGGAACGCCUGCUGCGAGAGCGAGAUGAGCUUCCAGCUGAAGACGCGCAGCGCGCGGGGCCUCGUGCUCUACUUCGACGACGAGGGCUUCUGCGACUUCCUGGAGCUCAUCCUGACGCGCGGCGGCCGCCUGCAGCUCAGCUUCUCCAUCUUCUGCGCCGAGCCCGCCACGCUGCUGGCCGACACACCGGUCAACGACGGCGCCUGGCACAGCGUGCGCCUCCGCCGCCAGUUCCGCAACACCACCCUCUACAUCGACCAGGGCGAGGCCAAGUGGGUGGAGGUCAAGUCCAAGCGCAGGGACAUGACGGUGUUCAGCGGCCUCUUCGUCGGGGGCCUCCCGCCCGAGCUGCGCGCCGCUGCGCUCAAGCUGACCUUGGCCGCAGUGCGCGAGCGCGAGCCCUUCAAAGGGUGGAUCCGCGACGUGCGGGUCAACGCGUCGCAGGCCCUGCCGGUGGACAGCGGAGACGUGAAGCUGGACGACGAGCCCCCCAGCAGCGGCGGGGGGAGCCCCUGCGAGGCAGGCGAGGAGGGCGAGGGUGGGGUGUGCCUCAACGGAGGGGUGUGCUCCGUGGUGGACGACCAGGCCGUGUGCGACUGCUCGAGGACCGGCUUCCGCGGCAAGGACUGCAGCCAAGAAGACAACAAUGUGGAAGGUCUGGCGCACCUGAUGAUGGGCGACCAAGGUAAAAGUAAAGGAAAAGAAGAAUAUAUUGCUACUUUCAAGGGAUCUGAAUACUUCUGCUACGACUUGUCUCAAAACCCCAUUCAAAGCAGCAGUGAUGAAAUCACUCUCUCCUUUAAAACCCUUCAAAGGAAUGGACUGAUGCUUCACACUGGGAAGUCGGCGGAUUAUGUCAAUCUUGCCCUGAAAAAUGGAGCUGUCUCUCUGGUCAUUAAUUUGGGAUCAGGGGCCUUUGAAGCACUAGUGGAGCCCGUGAAUGGAAAGUUUAAUGAUAAUGCCUGGCAUGAUGUGAAAGUCACCAGGAAUCUGCGUCAGCACUCAGGCAUUGGACACGCUAUGGUGACAAUAUCAGUGGACGGGAUUCUUACCACAACGGGCUACACCCAAGAAGAUUAUACCAUGCUGGGGUCUGAUGACUUUUUCUAUGUUGGAGGAAGUCCCAGCACAGCAGACCUUCCAGGGUCACCAGUCAGUAACAACUUCAUGGGCUGUCUCAAAGAGGUUGUAUAUAAAAAUAAUGACGUAAGACUGGAAUUAUCGCGACUUGCCAAACAAGGAGACCCUAAAAUGAAGAUCCACGGAGUGGUGGCAUUCAAAUGUGAGAAUGUUGCAACUUUGGACCCAAUCACCUUUGAAACCCCUGAAUCUUUCAUCUCUUUGCCUAAGUGGAAUGCAAAGAAGACCGGCUCCAUAUCAUUCGAUUUCCGUACCACGGAGCCAAAUGGCCUCAUCUUAUUUAGUCAUGGCAAGCCAAGACAUCAAAAAGAUGCCAAACACCCCCAGAUGAUAAAAGUCGACUUCUUUGCAAUUGAGAUGCUGGAUGGCCACCUCUACCUCCUCCUGGACAUGGGGUCGGGUACCAUCAAGAUAAAAGCCCUGCAGAAGAAAGUGAAUGAUGGAGAAUGGUAUCACGUGGAUUUCCAAAGGGACGGACGGUCAGGUACCAUUUCUGUCAACACGCUGCGCACGCCCUACACGGCUCCCGGCGAGAGUGAGAUUCUGGACCUGGAUGACGAGCUGUACUUGGGGGGGCUCCCAGAAAACAAGGCCGGCCUCGUCUUCCCCACCGAGGUGUGGACUGCGCUGCUCAACUACGGCUAUGUGGGCUGCAUCCGGGAUCUGUUCAUCGACGGCCAGAGCAAAGACAUCCGGCAGAUGGCUGAGAUUCAAAGCACUGCUGGAGUGAAGCCCUCCUGCUCCCGGGAAAGCGCCAAGCCGUGCCUGAGCAAUCCGUGCAAGAACAACGGCCUGUGCAGGGAUGGGUGGAACAGAUAUGUCUGCGAUUGUUCCGGAACAGGCUACCUUGGCAGAUCCUGCGAGCGAGAGGCAACGAUUUUGAGCUAUGACGGGAGUAUGUUUAUGAAAAUCCAGCUCCCGGUGGUGAUGCACACGGAGGCCGAGGACGUGUCCUUGCGGUUCCGAUCCCAGCGCGCUUACGGCAUCCUCAUGGCCACCACGUCCAGAGACUCUGCAGACACGCUCCGCCUGGAGUUGGAUGCAGGGCGUGUGAAACUCACGGUCAACCUAGAUUGUAUCAGGAUUAACUGUAAUUCCAGCAAAGGUCCCGAGACCCUUUUUGCUGGCUAUAAUCUCAAUGAUAAUGAAUGGCACACCGUGCGUGUGGUUCGUCGAGGAAAAGGUUUAAAGUUAACAGUGGAUGACCAGCAAGCCAUGACAGGUCAAAUGGCAGGCGACCACACAAGGCUGGAGUUCCACAACAUAGAGACUGGCAUCAUCACGGAACGGCGAUACCUGUCUUCUGUCCCCUCCAACUUCAUUGGUCACCUGCAGAGCCUGACAUUUAAUGGGAUGGCGUACAUUGACUUGUGUAAAAAUGGCGACAUAGAUUAUUGUGAGCUCAAUGCCAGAUUUGGCUUCAGGAACAUCAUAGCUGACCCUGUCACCUUCAAGACCAAAUCAAGCUAUGUUGCCUUAGCUACAUUGCAAGCCUACACCUCUAUGCAUCUUUUCUUCCAAUUCAAGACAACAUCCCUAGAUGGACUAAUUCUAUAUAACAGUGGGGAUGGAAAUGACUUUAUUGUGGUUGAAUUAGUUAAAGGGUACUUGCAUUAUGUGUUUGAUUUGGGAAACGGUGCUAACCUCAUCAAAGGAAGCUCAAACAAACCUCUUAAUGACAAUCAGUGGCACAACGUGAUGAUUUCAAGGGACACCAGCAAUCUCCACACUGUAAAGAUCGACACGAAGAUCACCACUCAGAUCACGGCAGGAGCCAGGAACUUGGAUCUCAAGAGUGACUUGUAUAUAGGAGGAGUGGCUAAAGAAACAUACAAAUCCUUGCCGAAACUGGUCCACGCCAAGGAGGGCUUCCAAGGGUGCCUGGCAUCCGUGGAUUUAAAUGGAAGACUCCCAGACCUCAUCUCAGAUGCUCUCUUCUGCAACGGACAGAUUGAGAGAGGAUGCGAAGUUGCAUUGAUGAAAGCUGACUUGCAAGGGCCCAGCACAACCUGCCAAGAGGACUCGUGUUCUAACCAAGGAGUGUGCUUGCAGCAGUGGGAUGGCUUCACCUGUGACUGCAGCAUGACCUCCUUCAGCGGGCCGCUCUGCAACGACCCUGGUACAACAUACAUCUUUAGCAAAGGUGGUGGACAAAUUACGUAUAAGUGGCCUCCUAAUGACCGACCAAGUACACGAGCAGACAGACUGGCCAUAGGGUUUAGCACUGUGCAGAAAGAAGCUAUCUUGGUACGAGUGGACAGUUCUUCAGGCCUGGGUGACUACUUAGAACUGCAUAUACACCAAGGGAAAAUUGGAGUUAAAUUUAAUGUUGGGACAGAUGACAUCGCCAUUGAAGAGUCCAAUGCAAUCAUAAACGAUGGGAAGUACCAUGUAGUGCGUUUCACGCGGAGUGGGGGCAAUGCCACUUUACAGGUGGACAGCUGGCCCGUGAUCGAGCGCUACCCUGCAGGAAACAAUGAUAACGAGCGCCUGGCGAUUGCUAGACAGCGAAUUCCAUAUCGACUUGGUCGAGUAGUUGAUGAAUGGCUACUCGACAAAGGGCGUCAGCUCACAAUCUUCAAUAGCCAAGCAACCAUAAUAAUUGGCGGGAAAGAGCAGGGCCAGCCCUUCCAGGGCCAGCUCUCUGGUCUUUACUACAAUGGCUUGAAAGUUCUGAAUAUGGCAGCCGAAAAUGAUGCCAACAUCGCCAUAGUGGGAAAUGUGAGACUGGUUGGUGAAGUGCCUUCCUCUAUGACAACCGAGUCGACAGCCACUGCCAUGCAGUCAGAGAUGUCCACGUCCAUUAUGGAAACCACUACGACCCUAGCCACGGGCACAGCCAGACGAGGAAAGCCACCCACGAAAGAACCCGUUAGCCAGACCACAGAUGACAUCCUGGUGGCCUCCGCGGAGUGUCCCAGUGACGAUGAGGACAUUGACCCCUGUGAGCCGAGCUCAGGUGGGUUAGCCAAUCCCACCCGAGCAGGCGGAAGAGAGCCAUACCCAGGCUCCGCAGAAGUGAUUCGGGAAUCCAGCAGUACCACAGGGAUGGUGGUCGGGAUCGUAGCAGCUGCCGCUCUGUGCAUCCUCAUCCUCCUGUAUGCCAUGUACAAGUACAGAAACCGAGAUGAAGGCUCGUACCACGUGGACGAGAGUCGAAACUACAUCAGUAACUCAGCACAGUCCAAUGGGGCUGUGGUCAAGGAGAAACAGCCCAGCAGUGCGAAGAGCGCCAACAAAAACAAGAAAAACAAGGAUAAAGAGUAUUACGUCUGAUCCCACGGUUGUAAAAGGACGCUUGUAUAAAAAUAGUCUUCAUUUUAUCUGAGACAUGAUAUAAACUUAUUUACUUUCCUUUUUAUGAAGCACAUACAAAAAGAAGACAGGGAAUGCAAUCAGGAAGGAAAGACUGUUUUUAAAAAAUAAAACAAGUAUCUCAUGCUCUUGUUUCUCAAAAAAAAAAAAAAAAAGAAAGAAAGAAAAAGAAACAAAACAGGGGCCAAUAAAUUCCCUAACAUCCACAGUGUUUUCAUUUACUCUGCCUGUCUUUAUGUUGCUGGGACACUUCUAAAGACAGUGACGACGGCACGCAUUCAUAAAGCAAAGGAGUAUUCCAGCAAGGCACAACACAACAACAACAACACAACACACCACACACACAAAAAGAAGCUACCUAUGAUCCUGGAUUUAGCCAAAGCGCUAGUGCUUUCCUGAGAAGUCAGUUAGCCCAAUUGCCAGAAAAGACUCUGGGAUGUUGGGUGACUCCGCUGCAGACCCUUCCGAGUUUGCCGCCUGGCCCUGCUGCAGCACUGCUUGGAACCUGCGUUGUAAACAGAGUGCUGGCUUUUUUGGAAGACUUGUGUAGAACACAUUCAGAAAGCCCCUUUCUGGUUGUAAGGGAAAAAUAAAAAUAAAAAUAUAUAGUACGGAGGCCUUAUUUUCAAAAAUGUGAAAUAUAAGGCACAUGUUCACACAAAUUUAAAAGUUAAAACGAGGGCAUAGAUGCAAUCAUUGGGAAAUUUUCAUGCACGCUUAAUAUGUUACUACAUAUGUUUAUAUAAAAUCCAUCUCUGUGUGCUUUCUGGACUGUGAUAAGUGACGUUUUAUAGCCUGUUGUAUAGAAAAUGCAAACUAUAUCUCUGCUCUUCAGCCAUUUUUGGUAAAUUCAAUGUUACAAGUGUUGCUAAGUAUAGAGAGUUUAUGAUGACUGGAGCAACAGUUAUUUCAGUUUGGGGUUAUUAUUUUUAUUUUUUAUUUUUGCCACCAUUAUAAUUGCCAUAAUUAUUUACUUUAAAAGAUACAAUGUAGUGUUUAUUCUAAGGAAGAUAUGUAUGAAUGUAUAUAAAAAGACUCAAAUACUUUUUUUCUUACACGUACAGCCUUCAUUCUGUUGCAAUUAAAUUUUAGUAUUUGUACGAAAGGUGUGAAUUAGAAGGCAAAAUAUAUACAUAUAUCUUAUAAUAUUCUUUUCUCCCCCAAAUAGUCAUAUUUUCCACACACAUUUGCCAUUUGCUAUCACACAUAUGCACAGCAUACACAAACACACACAUCCUGAUAUUGCUAACCUUGGAAUUCAUUGACUACGAUGGGAAAUUCAAACAUGCAUAUCGUAGCAAAUAUUUACUGACAAAUUGAAAAGCAGGAAGGAAGAUAGUUGUGCCAAGAUACGGAUGACAAAUGAGGUGAUUUGCUUCAGUGAGAUCUUGUUCCCAGGAAACCCUGAAAAGAUUUUUGUCCCUAAUGAAUUGGAACCUUUUCUUAUCAAAUAAAAUAUAACUGGUUAUA